CUACAGCUAAGCCACAUUCCCAGUUCCAGAAUUAAUUUUUUGAAGGCAACAUUCAAUGGAUUCAUUUUAAUUUAAAAACUUCCUAGGACUCGUCUCUUAUUUGUGUUAAAUGUAGCUGCCUUUGAACUAAGUAUGUUAGAAGCCUGUUGGAAAAAGUUUUGAAUGGGAAAGAUACUUGGAGGGUGGUGAUGUCUCUGAAAAGAAAUUUGCCGCACUCUUCAGUGCAAGCAUUUAGGCUCCAGAACUUUAGACUUGGAAGAGCUGUUUAUUAAGGAAUAGUUUAUAGUUGAGCCAUUUCGUUUUAUGGAGAACCCUUUUCUGUGGAAGGCUCAGUUCUUUUGGUCUGUUAGUCAUCCCUCUUAGUCAAGGGCAGGGUCCAUGUGGAGCCCAGGCCUCCUGCUUCCUGGUACAAUGCUGUUGUACUGGAAGCUAGGAGGAUCUACGACGUCUACGACGUCUCCUUCUUCUGGGAUCCCUUGCUGGGAGAAAAUGAAAUGCCUCAGCCUUAUGUGUGCAGCAGGUUUGCUGGUCAGCCUCCAGCUAAGGAGAGCUUUAGGGACUCUGACUUUGGGUCUACCUAGGGGGUAUGGAAGAUAGUCCCUGUUUGAAUCUAUUGGAAGCGUGACCUCAGAACUCAAUAUUAGCUUCGUGUGGUGGUACACGCCUGUAGUUCCAGCACUCAGGAAGCUGAAGCAAGAGGAUUGUGAGUUGGAGGCCAGUGUGGGCUACAUACGGAGACCCUGUUUUCAACUUCACUUCUCAACAGAUGAGUACAUCCUGCUAGGAUCGAAGGCAAGAAUCUCACUUUUCAAUUGCCUUUAAAAAGCCAUCCACCCCACGUGUAAACAGUUCCUCCUCUGACUGCAUUAACGUGAAUUACAAGAUCGGACAGCUGUACAUGAUCAGCAAGCACAGCCACGAGCAGAGCGACCGGGGAGAGGGCGUGGAGGUCGUCCAGAAUGAGCCCUUCGAGGACCCUCACCACGGCAACGGCCAGUUCACUGAGAAGCGGGUGUAUCUCAACAGCAAACUGCCUAGUUGGGCUAGAGCUGUGGUCCCCAAAAUAUUUUAUGUGACCGAGAAGGCGUGGAACUAUUAUCCCUACACGAUUACAGAAUACACAUGUUCCUUUCUGCCGAAAUUCUCCAUCCACAUAGAAACCAAGUAUGAGGACAACAAAGGAAGCAAUGACAGCAUUUUUGACAAUGAAGCCAAAGACCUAGAAAGAGAAGUUUGCUUUAUUGAUAUUGCCUGCGAUGAAAUUCCAGAACGCUACUACAAAGAAUCCGAGGAUCCUAAACACUUCAAAUCAGAGAAGACAGGACGGGGCCAGCUAAGGGAAGGCUGGCGAGACAAUCAUCAGCCCAUCAUGUGUUCUUACAAGCUGGUGACGGUGAAAUUCGAGGUGUGGGGGCUUCAGACCCGAGUGGAACAAUUUGUACACAAGGUUGUCCGAGACAUUCUGCUGAUUGGACACAGGCAGGCUUUCGCAUGGGUUGAUGAGUGGUAUGACAUGACAAUGGACCAAGUGCGAGAAUUUGAACGAGCCACUCAGGAAGCCACCAACAAGAAAAUCGGCGUGUUCCCGCCUGCCAUCUCCAUCUCCAGCAUUUCCCUGCUGCCUUCGUCGGUGCGCAGCGCCCCAUCCAGCGCCCCCUCCACCCCUCUCUCCACCGACGCCCCAGAAUUCCUGUCUGUCCCUAAAGAUCGACCCCGGAAAAAGUCUGCUCCAGAAACUCUCACGCUUCCAGACCCCGAGAAGCAAGCCACCCUGAAUUUACCCGGCAUGCACUCUUCAGAGAAGCCAUGCCGGCCCAAAUCAGAGUAACUUCAUGUUGAAUAGCCCCUGGGGUUUUCUAUUUUCUUUUUUUUUGGUGGGGGGGGGGGCGGUUGUCGUUUGUUUGUUUGUCUGUUAAGAAUCGUCUUCUGAUACAGGAAAAGACUGCUUUGUCCUCAAACCUGUCCCUUUGAUCUCUGAGGGUGCAUGUGGCUAAGUGAUUUCACAAACGAGCUAAGUCCCCCAAGCAUGUCACCCACGAUCUGUUGCUGGAAGGGUGUUAAGGUUUGGGGAGGUUUGCAUGGCCUCCGAGGAUCAAGAGAGGAAAAUGUACACACUUGACACAAGCUUCGUUGCUAGGUGUGAAGAAACAGUGAAGUCCGUUUCUUCCCUUCAAACCUGAUAUGGUAAAACUAAACAAAACUCAAAACACGAAACAUCUCAGGCAUCCCUUGCCUAAUGGUUCAGUUUUGAACUCCUGACCACCAAUACUUGAAUAUCAAGAGUUACUGAGAUUCCUAUUUGGGGUAGUCUGACUCAGGAUUUGGGGCCUAGUUAACUCUUUCGAAAAAUUUUUUGAAAACUUUAUCAACCUAGAGAGGCUCCAAGUGCAAUUAAUGAUAACUUAUUUAUACCUUUCACAGAAUUUCAUAGAGUCCACACUUGUUGCUGUCUUUUAAAUAACACCCUCUACUCUUGAGCCCUUGUGGCCUUCAAAAAUCCUUAAGAAUGGCAUGACUGAAUGUGAUAUCACUGAUAUUUGGGGAUUUAGUUGAAGAACUGAGAGGCCCAGGAGACACUGAACAUCUUUCUUCUCUACAGGUACCCAAAAACCUUGAAUUGUCAGUUUUCAUUAGGAUUUUCAGAAUUGGAGCUGGGCAAUGGUAGCUCACAGCUGUAAUCCUAGCUGCUCAGAAGAUGGGGAUCUGAGGACCAUGAUUCAAAGCCAACCUCAGGCAGACAGCUCCUCAGAGACUCUUAUCUCCAAUUCAGCAAAAAGCUGAAAUUGGAGGCGUGGCUCAAGUGGUAGAGCACCAGCCUUGAGCUAAGGGAUAGAUAGCACUCUGGCCCUAAAUUCCAGCCUCCCUAAUGGCACCACAAAAAGGGAGAGGGGAUUUUUUUAGAGUUUGCCAAGCCAUUGAGUAAAAUCCAUUGUCAUGUAUCAAUUCAAAUAAGUUCAGACAGAAAUAAGCUAAUUGGGCUUGACAGCUAUGGGAAUGUCAUGGUGGUGGGUGAACUGUGAAAAAGAGAAUCUUUUCCCAUUUCUCUCCUGAUUCGACUCUUAGUAGCUACUUCCAGUAGACUUCACUCAAAUGGAUGGCCCAACUAUCAGGUCUUAGAAAAGCUGCCAUUCUCUCGUUUCUCCCUCGAAAUCAUAAUACUGGAAGCAGAAGGUAGAGCUCAAUGGUAGAGCACUUGCUUAGUAUGUAUGAGGCCCUGGGAUCUGAAAGUCACUGAAGCCAGCCAGGGCAGGAAAGUCUGUGAGACUUAUAGCUCCAAUUAACCACCAAAAA